AUGAACCAGUACCCUUCUUCGGGGUCGUACGGCUAUCAAUCCGCGGACGGCGCGUCUGGCGCGGCGUCUCUCCCCGCGUCGACAACGGAUAAGAUCCAGCUGCCAUGCGCGCACUGCCAUGCCGUGCUCAGCGUGCCCGUCGGCCUCUCGCGCUUCCAGUGCCCGCGCUGCUCUUCGCACCUCUCCGUCGACCAUGCGAAGCUCGCCGCGUACAUGCGAUCGCUUAACGAAAUGGCAGCGUCCCUCGGUGGCGCGACAAUGGCAGCCGCGGCGACAGGUGCGACCGCGGCUGCUGCUGCUGCUGCGGCGGCCGCGGAAAGCGAGCAGGCGAAAGAGGCGGAGAGUGGAUGGGUUAGGGAUGCGCUAUUACGCCGCGUCCACACCUACCAUGGGAGGGGAUGGGGGGAUGGGCUCGUAUGGGCCCGCGGGGAUUGGGGGGGAUGCCGGGGCGGGGGAAGCCUGGCGGGCCUGGGCGGGGGAAUGGCGGGGGAGGGCUUGCGCGCGGCGCAAGCGGAGGUGGAUGCGAGCUUACGGCGCAUGAUGACAGGGGGGAGGGCGGGCGGGCCGACGGCGGGGGAGGAGGCGAGGCAGGUGGAGGCAGACGCGAAAGAGCACUCUCCGCUCACGACCUUGUUCACCGCGGCUGCUCCCUCCGUUCUCCCUACCUAUCCUCAUCCUUCACACCCACCUGCGCUCACUACUUACCCUCCUCACACCCCACCCAUCUUCUCUGUGCCCUCCUGGUCCUUGUGCUUUCCCCCUCUCUUCCCCAGCCUCCCCGCCCCACCACUCUCUCCUCUGCUUUCCACCUGUGCUUCUCCAACUCAAUGCCUUGGGAUCAAGCCCACCCUGCUCUCUCCAUCCUCCCUCUCUGCCCCCCUACGUCUCUCCCUCUACCCCGGGCGUGCAGCGCCCGACAUCGACCCGUCCAAGCUGGCGCUGCUGACGGGGCAGGAUGACCAUCCCCCUGCACCCCACCCGACCCUUCCACUCACAUUCCUCCUCCCCUCCACCCUUUCUUUCUCCUCUCCUCCUCUCCUCUCCCCUACCCCCCACCUCCCCCACCUCUCUCCCUCCCACCCCCCCUGGUCCGCCCACGUGGCAGCGGCACAGGCAGCUGCUGCCGGGGAACGUGCGGGCGGGGUUCUUUUGGGGACCUGCGGGCAGUGGGCAAGGGGCGCACAGUGGCGGGGAUUAUACGAGAGAACUGGCACAAAGGCCGCCGCCGCGCACUGUGAGUAG